GUUUCUCCAUGGAGGGCCCGGCCCAGGCCCAUAUCAAGUGCUGAUUUUGUUUCCUGGCUCAUUUUGGGGUCCCUUUUCCCAGGUUUCUCAGUGGAGGGCCCGUCCCAGGCGCGGAUCGAGUGCUCGGACGGGGGUGACGGCUCGUGCUCGGUGCGUUACUGGCCCACCGAGCCGGGGCCCUACGCGGUGCACGUGCUGUGCGACGGAGAGGACAUCCGGGGCAGCCCCUUCAUGGCAGACAUCCGACCCCCACCCCCUGACUCCUUCCCGGAGAAGGUGAAGGCCCACGGGCCGGGGCUGGCAGUCGGGGUCUCUGUGAACAAACCCACCGAGUUCACGGUGGACGCCAAGAACGGGGAAGGGACCCUCAAAGUGCAGAUGCAGGACUCGGAGGGGAACCCUGUGGAUGUGUCGGUGAAGGACAACGGGAACGGGACCUUCAGCUGCUCCUACACCCCAAAAAAACCCAUCAAACACACGGCCAUGGUGUCCUGGGGGGGGGUCAACAUCCCCCAGAGCCCCUUCAGGGUGGGGGUGGGGGCCGGCAGCCACCCCCACAAGGUGAAGGUUUACGGGCCCGGCGUGGCCAAGACGGGGCUCAAGGCCCACGAGCCCACCUAUUUCACCGUGGACUGCAGCGAGGCCGGGCAGGGGGACGUGAGCAUCGGGAUCAAAUGCGCCCCGGGCGUGGUGGGCCCGGCCGAGGCCGACAUCGACUUCGACAUCGUCCGCAACGACAACGACACCUUCACCGUCAAAUACACGCCCAGCGGGCCCGGGGCCUACACCAUCAUGGUGCUGUUUGCUGACCAGGCCCCCACCAGCCCCAUCCGGGUGAAGGUGGACCCCUCCCACGACGCCAGCAAGGUCAAGGCCGAGGGUCCCGGGCUGAGCCGCUCCGGUGUGGAGCUGGGGAAACCCACCCACUUCACGGUGAACGCCAAGGCGGGGGGCAGAGCCCCCCUGGACGUGCAGGUGACGGGGCCCGCCAAGGGAGAGGCCGUCAAGGACCUGGAGGUGAAGGACAACCUGGACGGGACCCACACGGUCACCUACACCCCCAUCCAGCAGGGUAAUGGGGUCUCGGUGACCUACGGGGGGACCCCAUCCCGAAAAGCCCCUUCAGCGUGGGGUGACCCCAGCCUGGACCUGGGCAAGAUCAAGAUCUCCGGCCUGGACGACAAGCUGGAGGUGGGCAAGGACCAGGAGUUCACGGUGAAGUCCAAGGGCGCGGGGGGCCAGGGCAAGGUGGGCGCGCGGAUCACGGGCCCCUCGAGGAAGGGGGUGCCCUGCACGGUGGAGCCGGGGCUGAACCCCGAGAACAGCCUGGUGCGCUUCAUCCCCCGCGAGGAGGGGCCCUACAGCGUCGAGGUCACCUACGACGGCGUCCCCGUGCCCGGCAGCCCCUUCCCCGUCGAGGCCGUGCCCCCCACUGACCCCUCCAAGGUCCGCGCCUUCGGGCCGGGUCUGCAGGGGGGCCUGGCGGGGGUGCCGGCGCCCUUCACCAUCGACACCAAGGGCGCGGGCACGGGGGGCCUGGGGCUGACGGUGGAGGGUCCCUGCGAGGCCAAGAUCGAGUGCCUGGACAACGGCGACGGCACCUGCUCCGUGUCCUACCUGCCCACCGAGCCCGGCGACUACAACAUCAACAUCCUGUUCGCCGGCGCCCACGUGCCGGGCUCGCCCUUCCGGGCCCCGGUGCGGCCCCAGUUCGACCCCUCCAAGGUGACCUGCGAGGGGCCGGGGCUGGAGGGGGCCACGGCCGGCCAGCCCGGCCGCUUCCGCGUGGACUGCAGCCGCGCCGGCACGGCCGAGCUCACCAUCGGCAUCGCCUCCGAGGCCGGCGCCCGCGCCGAGGUGCGCGUGGAGGACGACGGCGACGGCACCUACACCAUCGCCUACACGCCCCGCAGCCCCGGCGUGUACACCAUCACCGUGGAGUACGGCGGGCAGCCCGUGCCCCACUUCCCCAGCACCGUCCGCGUGGAGCCCGCGCGCGACACCGCCGGCGUCAGGGUGUUCGGGCCGGGUGUGGAGGGGAAGGGCGUGUUCCGCGAGGCCGUGACGGAGUUCGAGGUGGACGCGCGGGCGCUCAGCAAGGCCGGGGGGCCCCACGUGAAGACCCUCGUGUCCAACCCCUCCGGAAACGUCACCGAGACCUUCGUGGAGGACCGAGGGGACGGCACCUACCACGUGGAGUACACGCCCUACGAGGAGGGCCUGCACACGGUGGAGGUGACGUACGAUGGGACCCCCGUGCCCCUGAGCCCCUUCCGUGUCCCCGUCACCGAGGGCUGCGACCCCACCCGCGUGAGGGUCCACGGGCCCGGCAUCCAGAGCGGCACCACCAACCAGCCCAACAAGUUCACCGUGGAGACACGGGGUGCCGACGGGGGUCUGGGGCUGGCAGUGGAGGGACCCUCGGAGGCCAAGAUGUCCUGCACGGACAACAAGGACGGCAGCUGUUCCGUGGAGUACAUCCCAUAUGAGCCCGGAACCUACAGCCUCAACGUCACCUACGGCGGCCACCAGGUCCCAGGGAGCCCGUUCCAGGUGCCGGUGUCGUGCCCCGUGGACGCGUCCCGCGUGACGUGCUCGGGGCCGGGGCUCACCCCGGGCUCCGUCCGCGCCAACGUCCCCCAAACCUUCACCGUGGACACCUCCAAGGCCGGGGUGGCCCCGCUGGACGUCAAGGUCCAGGGCCCCAAAGGCGUGGUGGAGCCGGUGGACGUGGCGGACAACGGGGACGGGACGCGGCGCGUGAGUUACGUCCCGUCCCGAGAGGGGCCCUACAGCAUCGCCGUGCGCUACGGGGACCACGAGGUGCCCCGCAGCCCCUUCAAGGUGAAGGCUCUGCCCACCCACGACGCCAGCAAGGUCCGGGCCAGCGGCCCCGGCCUCAACACCACGGGGGUCCCGGCCAGCCUGCCCGUGGAGUUCACCAUCGACGCCAAGGACGCCGGCGAGGGGCUGCUGGCCGUGCAGAUCACGGACCCCGAGGGGAAGCCCAAGAAGGCGUCGAUCCGGGACAACGAGGACGGGACGUACACGGUGUCGUACGUGCCCGACAUGACGGGCCGCUACACCAUCCUCAUCAAGUACGGCGGCGACGAGAUCCCCUACUCGCCAUACCGCAUCCGCGCCGUGCCCACCGGCGACGCCAGCAAGUGCACCGUCACCGGGGCCGGGGUGGGCCCCACGAUCCAGAUCGGGGAGCAGACGGUGAUCACGGUGGACGCCAAGGCGGCGGGCAAGGGCAAGGUGACGUGCUCCGUGUGCACCCCCGACGGCUCCGAGGUGGACGUGGACGUGGUGGAGAACCCCGACGGCACCUUCGACAUCUUCUACACCGCCCCCCAGCCCGGCAAGUACGUCAUCUGCGUGCGCUUCGGGGGAGAGCACAUCCCCAACAGCCCCUUCCAGGUCAUG